AUGGAGGUCGCGCGCCCUCUUCCGCCCGCUUUCUAGUUCACCAAUGCCAGGCUUCUCAGUGAGUCGGGGUCCACAAACCCGGAAAGCGCGCGUGUGGCCUUUUUGCGCAGGCGUAGUCGGCGGUCCACACAAGGCGUGAUGCUUGGCCGGCAUGUCUUUCGCGUCAGGGCGUUGUAUCGGCGCCUCUUGCUGUUGCAUCGGGUUCUGCCCCCCGACCUUAAAUCCCUGGGGGACCAGUACGUGAAGGACGAAUUUAGGAGACAUAAGACGGUUGGUUCUGACGAGGCCCAGCGCUUCUUGCAGGAGUGGGAGGAAUACGCAGCAGUACUAUGGCAACAAGCUAAGGAAAGCAGACAACAAAAUUCACCUGAAAAAUCACAUUUUGGAACCCCCCUUCCAGAAGAAAAACUUAAUGACUUUCGUGAUGAACAAAUUGGACAGUUGCAGGAGCUGAUGCGAGAAGCCACUAAACCCAAUAGGCAAUUUAAUAUUACUGAGUCUACAAAACCAAAAUGUUAGUCUAUAUAAUAAAGCCUAACAAAAAUUUUAAAGAUCAGGCCCCCUUAUUAACUAUCAUCAGUGGAUUAAAAAAAAUUAUUUCUUCAGCUUUUAGGCUUUGAGAGAAUAACUACUUGUCUUAGGCUGGGUUCUCUAGAGAAGCAAAAUCAGUAAAGUGUAAAAAUAUAUAAUAUAGAGAGAUUUACAUCAAGGAAAUGGCUCACGUGGUUGUAGAGGUUGAAAUGUCCCACGUCCA